AACUCUUUCUUCACACAAAAAAGUCAUCUGUGAACGACACGCAGCGCCAAAUUUGCGAUAUUUUCUCAAAUUUUCAACAAUUCCAUCACGAGAAACCUGUUCAAGUAUUGUGUAGUUUAAUUUUCCAGUCGCCAGUUUCAUUUUGCUGGUGGUUUUAAUCGUUUUAGUUCCGGGAAAAGGCUACUUGAAGAGCUCGUCGCGUGACCCCACGAGAGAAUUGGAUGCGUUCUACUGUGGUCAGUUGGGCGAAAGACCAAGAAGUAGAAUCUCCCCUUCCUAAUAGCACGUCAAUAAGGGUACAAACGAGUUUUGCAUCAGAAGGAUUUAUUGCCAACAUCAUACAAGGGUGUCAGAAAAAAUAGAGAGUUAGAAAAGAUAGAUCAACAAGAUUCGCGCUUUUUGUGGAAGCUGAAGCGAAAGUGUUCCUUUCGGUAGAAACCAUCCACGCACAAUUUGCCUUUUCUCUUCGUUCUUUUGCCAAUUAGUUCGCCACGAAAAUAUAACGGGACUUCAGCAGUGGUAGCGAAACGCAACAGAUAGCAACACCGAAACUAGUGACAAAAUGACGUGGGAACCGCAACCGGACGGAUUGAACCAAAUCAUCACACUGCUGAAGCAAUCGCAAUCUACAGACAAUGCGAUUCAGCGUGCCGUGCAGAUGAAACUGGAAGAACUGAACCAGUUUCCAGACUUUAACAACUAUCUGAUAUACGUGUUAACCAAGUUGAAGACGCAAGAUGAACCAACUCGCUCUUUAUCGGGACUGAUCUUGAAGAACAACAUCCGCAUCCAUGGAACCCACCUUCAGCCAGCGAUCAUCGAGUACAUCAAGCAAGAAUGUCUGAUGGCCCUCGGGGAUCCAUCACCUCUGAUUCGAGCGACAGUGGGCAUUCUUAUCACGACCAUUGCCAACAAGGGAGGUCUCCAAAGUUGGCCGGAACUUCUACCGACGUUGUGUGACAUGCUGGAUUCUCAGGAGUAUAGCGUUUGCGAGGGUGCCUUUGGUGCGUUGCAGAAAAUCUGCGAAGAUUCGGCCGACACCUUAGACAGUGCUGCUUUGAAUCGUCCCUUAAACAUCAUGAUUCCAAAAUUUUUGCAAUUUUUCCGGCACUCCAGUCCGAAAAUUCGAUCUCACGCAAUUGCGUGCAUCAACCAGUUCAUCAUCAAUCGAACACAAGCCCUCAUGUUACAUAUCGAUACAUUCAUCGAGAAUCUGUUCCACCUAUCGUCGGAUGAAGAUCGGGAAGUUCGUAAGAAUGUAUGUCGAGGGUUGGUAAUGCUGUUGGAGGUUCGAAUGGAUCGUUUAAUGCCGCAUAUGAACAACAUAAUCGAAUACAUGUUGGUAAGAACGCAGGACCCGGACGAAACUGCUCUUGAGGCUUGUGAAUUUUGGCUUUCGUUGGCGGAGCAGACAAUUUGCAAGGAAGCACUAACCCCACAUUUAGCGCAAUUGGCUCCGGUGCUCGUUCGGGGUAUGAGAUACUCUGAUAUCGAUAUCAUCAUUCUGAAGGGCGAUGUCGAGGAGGAUGAAAUGAUUCCAGAUCGUGAAGAAGAUAUUAAGCCACGGUUCCACAAGUCGCGAACGCAUACCCAGAAAGCAGGCAACAUAAAUUCGCAGGAUCAAGGUGCACGGCCGAUGGAAGGCAACGAUGAAGAAGAGGAUAUGGAUGAUCCUUAUGACGAUAUGGACGAUGACAGUAAUCUUUCCGAUUGGAAUUUACGCAAAUGCAGUGCAGCUGCAUUGGAUGUUCUUGCAAAUGUGUUCAAGGACGAUUUUCUCCCAAUUCUUCUGCCAAUUCUGAAGGAAACUCUGUUCCAUCAAGACUGGCAAAUCAAGGAAAGUGGAAUCCUGGCUUUGGGUGCCAUUGCCGAGGGAUGCAUGAACGGAAUGAUUCCCCACUUACCGGAGCUGAUCCCAUAUCUGAUCUCGUGCCUGUCUGACAAGAAAGCUCUGGUGCGUGCCAUCACUUGCUGGACACUAUCUCGGUACGCUCAUUGGGUUGUCAGCCAGCCACAUGAUCAAUACUUGAAGCCCUUAAUGGAGGAAUUGCUCAAGCGAAUCCUCGAUGCAAAUAAACGCGUUCAAGAAGCUGCUUGUUCUGCAUUCGCUACUCUCGAGGAGGAAGCAUGUACGGAGUUGGUUCCCUAUUUAGGGUUUAUCCUCAAAACGUUGGUAUUUGCCUUUGGGAAAUAUCAACACAAAAAUCUCCUUAUACUGUACGAUGCUAUCGGUACCUUGGCGGAUUCUGUCGGUCAUCAUUUGAACAAACCGGAGUAUAUCAACAUGCUUAUGCCCCCGUUGAUACAAAAGUGGAAUAUGCUGAAGGAUGAAGAUAAAGAUCUCUUCCCACUGUUAGAGUGUUUGUCCAGUGUGGCCACAGCUUUGCAAUCUGGCUUUCUGCCGUACUGUGAACCAGUGUACAGAAGAUGCAUCUCGUUAAUACAGCAAACCUUAAAUCAAGAUCUAGCUAGCACGGCGAGUCCCGGUCAGUAUGAGCUUCCGGAUAAGGAUUUCAUGAUUGUAGCCCUUGAUCUGUUGUCUGGUCUGGCGGAAGGACUGGACGGUCACAUUGAAUCCCUAGUGGUCAGCAGCAAUAUCAUGCAGCUGCUCUAUCAAUGUAUGCAGGAUUCAAUGCCAGAGGUUCGGCAGUCUUCGUUCGCAUUGCUCGGUGACUUGACAAAAGCAUGUUUCCAACAUGUUCAUCCGUUCAUUGCUGACUUUUUGCCAAUUUUGGGUCAAAACCUCAAUCCAGAGUACAUCUCAGUAUGCAAUAAUGCCACUUGGGCCAUCGGCGAAAUCAGCAUAAAGCUACGUGAAGACACUAAACCGUACAUUCCCCUGGUGUUGGCACAGCUUAUUGAAAUCAUCAACAAUCCAAACACGCCGAAAACUCUUCUGGAAAAUACAGCAAUAACAAUUGGUCGACUCGGUCUUGUAUGCCCCCUUGAAGUGGCUCCUUCAUUGCAACAGUUUGUGAGACAGUGGUGCUCGUCGCUGCGAAAUAUUCGGGAUAAUGAAGAGAAGGAUUCCGCCUUCCGUGGAAUGUGCCAAAUGAUCACCGUAAAUCCCGUUGGUGUUGUGCCGGAUUUCAUAUUUUUCUGUGACGCGGCGGCAUCCUGGAUGAGCCCCAAAGCGGAUCUGCAUGAAAUGCUACAGAAGAUUCUACAUGGUUUCAAAACCCAAGUCGGUGAGGAAAAUUGGAGUCGGUUUGUGGAACAGUUUCCGCAACAACUGAGCGAGCGGCUUUCGGUGAUGUAUAGCAUCUAAGUAAAAGAUUUUAGACGUUUCGCUUUAUUCAGCGGUAUGUAGAGACGCAUUUUUAGGUUUUUUUUAAAUACCAAAUUUAUCGAGUUUGAAAACAUUACACUAGCAUCACAGUUGGAGUGAGAUAGGAUCAACAGAGUUACUCUUAAAAAAGAAGCCCGUAGUGACAAGAAAAUAUUAUGCUUUCGGUGUUUGGAAAUGUCUUGACUAAAUACCAAUUGUGGUACCAGUAAAAGUGGGUAUAAUCUACCAGCAAAAGUUUGAUUAUGGAAUGCUAGGAAAUAUUGACUUCAUAAAUUAGAACAGUGCUUUUUAGGGAACUGCAUAUUACCAGUAUUUUAUUAUGACAGGUCAUGUGAACCUCUUUUAAUUUACCGUUUUAUUUGAAGAAGCAGCCGCUUCUUGUAUCUUAACAUUUUGGUAAAGAAUCCAAAUCAUUGUUAUUGAUUCGAAUAUAUAAAACAAUACCUUUUUUAAUCACUCCAACUAGUUAACGUAAUGGGUAAAUGUAGACCGUAUUCGUAAAUAUGUUUUGCAUUCUACGAUUGCUCACUUGAUGGUGAAUUUAGUCACAUUUUAGCGCUGAAAAUCAUAAAUAUCGAGAAACUUUCCCAAUAUGAAAAAAAAACUCCUUCACAUAAGAUCCUUCCUAGAACAAGUAUCAUGAUCAAAUAAAACUCCUUACUGGAGACUUCUGAUUCUGUUUAACAAAAAUAAUAUGCAAUUUAUUGUAAUUUUGUUUUCCGUCGUAUAAUGAUAUCCAUAAUAAGCUGACCGCCUAAAAAUGGUUUCAAUCGUUUACGAUGCAGUACUUCUGAACCAUAUGGAGAUUUAUCAUUUAUACAAAUGUAUGCAGUGUGUAUGAAUGUGUGAUCGGAAUCGAGUGUAUGUGGAUACUUUUCAGUUGACGAACGAAACAGGAAACCGGUUUUGUGGGAGGAGCUAAAUAUAAUGCAUUGCUCGUUUUUCAGUAUAGAUUUCAUACAGUUUCGUAUCUGAUAUGAAACUGCAAUCUAUUUUGCCGCGGGCUGCAAAACCGUUUUGAUUGUUUCAAAUAUAGCAAUUGAGCUGAAACAUUACAAAACACAUAAUUGUUAAAUUUGAAACUGACAUAACAAUGCGUGAUACUUUAAUAUAUAUAUUCUUCGCCUUUGAGACGUUCUGGUUAAGUUCAAAAAAUACGUUCGGUGUAUAAACUAUCCAUUAAAAACAUAUAAUAAACAAAACAAAGAAGUACAGAAGCAUACACAACUGCUAACCGUAAGUUGAGAAAAACAAAAAAGAACUUUUGUAUAUCGGUAAAAUCGGGUCGCGUUCGCGUUUCGUCGUCGUUAAUCGUCGCUCUUCGGUCGUCGGGAUUCGUGUCUUAUUAGUUCAUUUACUGUUGUUUUUAUUUUAUUUUUCCCCUAUAGAAGAGACCAAAACUAUCGUUGAACAGAUACUAUUUAACAAAAAAAAAAAAAAAAAAAAACUUUGCACAAGUUCCUUCACAGCAGCUAAUUGAUCGUUUAAGAGAAUAAACAAACCGAAAGAUGCUAUAUAAUGUGAAACCAUGGUGCCAUUAGGUAGAUAAAAGUAAACAAUUAUGGUUUUAAAAUAAACAAUACCACUACAACCGGAAGAAGCUUAAGACUUUUACAAAACAUAUAAAUUACAACAAUCUAAGGAAAUUUAACACUGAACAAACUUUGAAGCGAAAGAAAAGUCACAAAAACUGACAAAAUUGACUAGCGGCGGUGUGUUAGUCAAUAAUAUUAACAUUAGGUUAACAAAUCAAAGACUGAAAAACAAAACAUAUUUCCUCAAAUUGAAGCAAAUCUCUUCGUUACUUAUAUUUGUGUUCUAGCUGCGGAGUAUUUCGAGUAGUUUUUUAUAAAUACAACUUUGCACAUUGAAUAAUAUCUGUUCAAUAACAGCAAACAUUUCUGAAUGUUUAUAGAAGUAGUUUACAAAUUUUCUGUUUUAUUUCUUAUAUAGCUCGUCGCCGCGUAUCGUGUCGUCGUAUCGUUAAAUGGAAAUCGUCGCGUUCGGUCGUUUCGUAUAAAUAAGUCGCGUCGCGUUCGGGAAAAAAAAAACAAAUUCGUAUUCGUGUAUCGUUCCGCCGGAAAUCGUUGUGAUAUAUAACCGUGUUCGUUCGUUGUUAGGAGUUUAUAUAUAAUCUUAUUUUUUGUUUCAUAGGUUUCAGUUAACAAAUUUUUAGGUUUUUACUCUAGGAAAAUCGCGCGUCAUCUAUCGGGUUCGUGUAACACUGAGUGAAAGCCCUGUUGUUGGUCCGCCGCGUAAUACCACAAUAAAAGGUGCUCGUAAAUAAACUGACUUUAAGUUUUAAGGUAUAUCAUGAAAUGAUAAUUUAUAGUAUGCAAAUACAUACAAAAUUGUGUGGGUACGUUACUCACUACGUCAGCAUCCGACGAUUUAAUGAUUGGAAAAAAGACAGUGCUCAGCACUUAGUUUCAAAUCCUUAAGAUCAUUUUUAUUGCCAAAUGCUAAGAUAGAAAUCGGAUACCAAGUCAUCAAUCAUAAAAACAAUCACAAAAUUCAUCUGAUUACUAACAGAGAUUAUAAAUUACUCAUUAUUCUGUAAAAAAAAAAGAAUCUUACUCAACAUUACUUCGUCGGUAUUGUGGGCCCAAGGUAGCACUGUCUCAUCAAAAUUUCCAUUAUUCAGAAGGAAGUCUUUCAUUUGAAUCUUAGUUCCAAUAUACAUUCGAGAAAAAGAAACAACAAAGCACUAGUUAAUAGAUCAGGAUCAAGUGUAGAGAAAUGAUAUAGAUGACAAACUUUAUAUUGACCACUGUGCAUAGUUUAUACAAAGAGAAAAGAAGAAAAGAAAAACUAAGAAAAUCGUAUGUACCUUAAAUCGAGGCAGAAAUAAACCAAUCCACGGGGAAUUGGUCGCGUCGCGUUUUUUUCGUCGCGGAAUCGUGUGAUCGUAUUUUAAAAGAAGAAUAUCUAAAACCAAUAAACUAUUAAAACGUAAAGUCUGUACACCUAAACGUAAAAUCUACAUCAGAGAACGCAACAAAAUGCAAUAAGUCUAAAUUAUGAUUAAUGACAAGUUUCCAUUGCCAGUCGAGGCAGAUAGAAAGAAAAGAAUGAAUGAUACACCGGCUAUUGAUUAUUUUGUAAUACCAGCAACAACCUCUUCAACAUACAGGCCGAACUAUACUUAAACAAGAGAUGAAUUGCUAUUGUAGCGUAGUUAAUAUUAUUACAAGAGCUUGCAUGAGGAUCCAGUGUGUCUGUGUUUGAAACGCAUGUUUGAUGAUAUGUAUUUGCGAGAAAAAAAAGUGCUAAGAUUACAAACAGAAGUCUCAAAAGUCCCAACUCUUUCCUAUUCCUUCCACCACCAAAUCUACCAAAUGUCCCAAAAGUAUCCAAAGACAAAUACAAAAAUCCCUUUAAAAUAUCGAAAAUAAUCAAAACUAUUCGUCUAAAAGUCACAAAUAGCGUAGUAACCAGCAGAUGGCAAACUAAAACCAAUUCCGAACAAAUAUUGUAUCAUUAAUAGAUUAAAAAGACCACCAACUAUUGUGCAAGUGCAUGUACGUACACACACCCAUCGUAGUCUCAGUGUUGUUUUCAGUUGUGAAGCGAGUAUAACUUGAUUUCAUUUUUUCACACAUUUAAAUGGAUAUCUAUCUACAAAAGGACAUUGCAACGCAGGUUUUAGAAUAUACCCUUCUAAUACAAUCUUCACUAUUAGUGCUAUAUCAGAACUGCAACACAAGCUAAUGAGCAUAGUUGGGAAAAGUAGUGUGUGGCGGUAGGGUUUCCUUCAAUAUGUAAUAAUGGAAACGUUCAACAUUUCUUUUAUACAUUGGAAAGUAUGGCAGAACAUAGCUUUAAAGUUUAACCUUAUUUGAAUAAUACACAAAAUUGCAGAAAUAAUAAA